GAAGUUGGAGCUCCGACUUGGUCUACCGUAGCAUUCAGCAUUUUCCGGUCCGCGUCGUACGGUCAUAUCUUAGAGCACAAGAAAUCGAGUUUCCUGCAUUUUCAAUUGUCAAAAUAUCCGAGUCAUAGUGCGAAUUCUGGUCUGAAAACAGUGCGAUAGCCAGCAGCAGACUUCUGACCUCCAUCUAGAUUGGAAGAAAGUACGGAAAAUGCGGCCACAGGCCCGUGAAAGCCCCGUAGAAAACGACGCAUGAGAUCCAAAUUGCGAACCAGAUGAUAGAGUAGCGUGCCAGCGAGAGCGAGCGAGAGAGAGUGAGAGCAACGGAGAGGAAGAGAGGAGGCCAGAGUAGACACAAAACUCCGAACGGAGUUCUCGCCCAUUUUCCGGCCGAUUUUGCAAUCUAUACAGGUGCUAUAUAGUCGGCGAUAUGGCCGAGGAGGCGCCUGGGGGCAAUGCCGGUGAUGUGCCGGAUUCUGGGGCGGAGGAUGUGGGCGCUUCGGUCAUCGUGGAGCCGGGAUCAGAUGCAUCCAAUGCUGGAACCCGUACUCUUCCAGCAGCUGCGAUGAAGUUCGCCGAUCUCACAGAGAGUGGCAGCGAGUCCGGUGACAACGAGGGUGGGGAAUCCGGGGCUGCGGGCCCGGAAAAUGGCAAUACCAACGGUGAGCCGGGGACCAGUGCAUCCGCAACGGCCGAAGACGCAACAGGACGCUCCUCACCGCCGCCCAAUUGCGCCAUCUGCUUGUCCCGCUGCCGGAGGAAGUGCUUCACAGAUUCCUGCAUGCACCAGUUCUGCUUCAAGUGCCUGUGCGAAUGGAGCAAGAUCAAACCCGAGUGUCCGCUGUGCAAGCAGCCCUUCAAGACCAUCAUACACAAUGUCCGCACCCUGGACGACUACGAUCGCUAUCCAGUGCAAUCCACUUCGCCUGUUCUGCAGGAUCAUCCCUCCCUACGUUUCCAUAUAGUCAGGCGUCCCAGGUUCAUGCCUCUGGUGCAGAACCAGGCCGUGAUGACUAACGAUAUAGAGGCGGGCAUAGCGGCCGGAGGUGCAGGAGAAGAGGUCCUGCCAGCAGCCGAGGUGGCAGCCGGCAGGCAUUCGUACAGCCGCUUCGAGCCCUACCGCAUGGAGCUGAUGAACUUCUACCGGCACGACCAGGAUGCUGCCACUUCGGGCUCGUUGAGCCAACUCUGGCGGCGCUAUGUGUACGACAGGAAGCUGUAUGCCUUGCCCGUCAGUGAUACAUUGACGGGACACUUUCGCGAGUGGAGUGCCCGCUUUUACAGAAACAAUCCCGCCCAGAUGCAUCGCCUGAUGCCUUGGAUCCAUCGCGACAUCGUCUGCCUGCUGAGGAACGCAGCCCAUAGCGUGAGCACUGUGGUGCAGCUGAUGCACGACAUCCUGCCCAUGACGAAUAUACUCGGGCCCACAUUCCGUCGAAGGCUGUCGCCGUUUCUGGGGGAGCGCACCAGCCACUUUAUCCACGAGCUAUUUAACUUUGCCCGCUCCCCCUUCGACAUGAUCGGCUACGAUCAUGUGGUCCAGUACUCGUCACGCGUGGCCGAGGAGGUAGAGGUGGAUCUACUGGACAUGGUGGAGACCCAGUCUUCGAACGGCAGUGAUCUCCACCUGGAGGUGGCCGAUGGCGAGGGAGAGGCUGGCAAUGCCGAGUCCUCGAACGGUUGGAACGCCGUCAGCGCUCUACGUCCAUCGACCAGUGUGAUUGUGACCAAUCCCGGUGCCACACAUUCCUUCAGCGUGACAAUGGCCAGCGAUGGCAGUGAGCUGCCGGGCAUCUCCAUACGCCGUACAACUACAUCCAAUGUAGGCUCCCAAACGGUGGCCAUCAACUUGAGCAUGCGGCGUCCAGCAGCGGUUGCCAGCGAGGACGCGGAGGUUAUAGAGAUCGACGAUGGCGAUGCAGCUGCGAAUGCAGAAGUGGCGGCCAUCAAUGAUGGGAGCAACCCCAGCAGGAGGCACGCUGGUGCCACUCUCCCAGUGAGUGCUCACAUCGAACUGCAGAGCAGCAGCAGCUCUGGUGAUGAGGAUGAGUGUGUAUUUGUGCUAGAACUGAAGCCACCACACCUGCGUACUCCCGAGCAGGUCAGCUUGGACUCGAAUAGUGACUCUGAUGUGGUUUUCGUAAACGAGCAAAAUGAAGCUCCUCCCGCUGCAAGUGUUGGCGACCAGGCGAUACAAUCACCUGUGGAUCAGUCCUCCAGAGAUCAGGGUUUGUUUAUGGGCCCCAGCACAAGUGCAGCGGCCAAUAGGGGCAAGAACUGGAAGCUGGUGGUGGCGGAGGCACGUCGCCUCGAUCAGUUGCGCACUUUGCGAUCAACACGCUCGAAGAGAUCGCGUCAGCGCUCCUCCGUCCCUGCUCGGAGUGGCAGUGGCAGCAGCAACAGCAGCUGCAGCAGCUCUUCUUUCCAUUUCAACAGCAGCAGUGAUGAGGAUAGCAGUGCCAGCAGUUCCUCAAAUGCAGAGCCAGCCAAAAGAAAAAAACGCAAGAAGGCGUCAAGCAGAAAACGUUCGGGCAAAGGCUCGAAGGGGAAAAGAUCAUCUCGCAAAAGGAGACGCCGUGCGGAGGAAAUCAAUAAUGAUCUGAGCCAAGUGGAGGUGGCGGUGCUGGAGCUGCAGAGACAGCUGGAGCGGGAGGUGGCCGAGCAGCAACCGCAGGAACAACCGGAAAGCAGCAGUGACAGUCCUAGUUCGUCUGAUGACGAAUCCGCUGCCGAUAGCAGCGAGACGUCCGGUCCACCCAAUACCAAUAACAACAAUUCCAGUAGUGAUGGCUCGGAUGAUGACAGCACUGAGAAUCUACAGCUUAGCGCUCUGCGGGCCACAUUAAAAGCGGAGGCAACUCUGGAGGAUCGAAAACCACUCAAACUAGAGCUGAGGAUGCCCGAUGGCGAUGAUGGGGAACAGCAGCAGGAGGUGCCCCAUAAUGCAGAGACGCUUCCAGCCCCGACAGACGACACCGAACCGCAAUGCAGUGCACCAAAGCGGCGUCGCAGCUGCAGCAACAGCAAUCUGUCCAGCCAGAGCGCCAGUUUGGCCAGCAGCUCAACCGCCACAUCGAGCUCGGUGCCCAUGAGCUCGUUUAGCUGGAGGGCAUCGGGCUAUGCCGGCGAUCCCCUGAUGCGUGGUCCUGUAGCACUGGAGGAGCACGAUAUAGCAAACUCCCUAAUUGAAUUGUCCACGCUGACGCAGCCAAGGGAGAUCGGGCUGUUUAACGAACAUUCUGACGGGGUAGAGAUAUCCCUUAGCUUCCUGCGCAACACUCUACGCGGCAGCCCACAUGCUCUGGAGGAGGAUGACGCGCAUCUAGGAAUCUAUUCCGAUGCAGAUGCGGAUCCAGAGCCCAGUAAUGAACGAAGCCCCUUGGAAGCAGCCAUCGACGUUGUGGGGGAAGCAGAGGUGGAAACCGCCGAGGAUACAGCCACUGCCACUGAAGAACAAGAUGAAGAGGAUGAAGACAUUGACGAUGACGAUGAAGGCGAAGAUGAACAAGAAGAGAAAGCGGAGGACGACGAAGAGGAGGAGGAUGAUAGCGAUAACAACGAUGAAGAGGAGGAGGAUCAGGAGCCGGAAAACAAUGACCCAGACGAUGCGGCCUGGGCCCUUAUGCUAUAAUAAGCUAAUGAUUCGAUUUUCAUUUAAGGUGUUUAUUUAAUGGCAUGUUUAACUGGUUUCCGUCUUGUAUUGUUCCGAUUCCUGAAUCCCCUGAACCCAAAAAAAAAAAAAUUAAUGUAACUUGCUAUGUAAGUAACUAAAACCAGUAAGCUUAAGCUCAAACUAGGUGUAUUCUAGGAGUAGGGUUGCCAUUUUAAGUUGUACAUAUUCAAAACCCGUAUAUCUUGAUAUAUAUAUGUAUGUUUACACACCUAUCUACUUUAACAUUAUUUAAAUGUUCUCGCAUAUAGCCCACCCCCAAAAAUGCAUUCGAUAUCCCUGAAGAUCGCUCCCUUCCAAUCCCUGCAUCGACUGUAAAUGUAUUUAUUUAAGUUAACCACAACCUACUUAUACUAACUAUAUAUAAUGACAGCUUACUUGGCUGCUCUUAGCUUAUAAAUCAUAGAACUAGCGCCGAUCAAUGUAUGGCGAGAGUGUUAAUGUUUUUUGCAUAAAUGGGCGUGGCCAGUUAUGAAUUUUACUGUACUCUGCAUACAAAGAAGAAAAAAUAUCUAUAAUACGAAUCAAAUACAUAAUAAAUGUAAUGAUUAAAUGUA